AUAGCCCCGAUACCAAGCGCGUACUUACGUCCUGUUGCGAGAGUAUCCUUCAACGCUUCCUUCUACAUAGCAGUGUGACUUUUGCUUGUUGAGCUGAGUGAAACCGAGUGUGCUGAGUGACAGUAGUUGUUUUAAGAUGUCGAUUUUGUUAAACAGGUUAAAGUUCCGUUCUCUGGCCUUCAUCGCCGCCCGCCUGUGCAGCAGCGGACCGGCAACAGCAAAUAAAAACCCCCAGGUUUACUUUGACAUUGCCGCAGACAACGAGCCUCUGGGCAGAGUGACAUUUGAGCUCAACGCAGAUGUUGUGCCAAAAACAGCAGAAAACUUCAGAGCGCUGUGCACAGGAGAACAUGGAUUUGGUUACAAGGGCUCCUCUUUCCACAGGGUGAUCCCUCAGUUUAUGUGUCAGGGUGGAGACUUUACAAACCACAAUGGAACUGGUGGGAAGUCAAUUUACGGUUUGAGAUUUCCUGAUGAAAACUUUAAGCUGAAGCACACUGGACCUGGUAUCUUGUCUAUGGCUAAUGCUGGACCCAACACCAACGGAUCUCAGUUCUUUAUUUGCACCACGAAAACAGAGUGGCUUGAUGGUAGGCAUGUUGUCUUUGGCAGCGUGAAGGAGGGAAUGGACGUGGUCAAAAAAGUGGAGUCCUACGGUUCCCGCUCUGGGCACACCUCCAAGAGGAUCAUGAUCACAGCCUGCGGAGAGGUCGAGUAGAUGCCCAUGUGAGGACCGGAUUCUGUCAGUCUGCUGUAAUCUGAAUAGAAGAUACCUUUCAUUAUUCAUGGCACGAAGAGCUACCUCUCUGGUGAAAAUGGAUGACUGCAUUUCAUGUUUCUAUGGUGUCAUUUGAAUGCUGUUGGUUUUUUACUCUGGUACCCUGUGAGGCCCUUCAAAUGUGAACAUAUUCAGUUGUAAAUCAGGUUCUAUGCAUUUUUAAAAAUGUAUAAAUUCAAUAUUUUGUGAAAGUGUAAUUAUUUGUUAAAUCUUUUUAGCAAUACAUAAUUGAAACAAUGAUUGUUGUCCUAAAAAGAUACUUUUUACUUGAAAAGUGUGAAAUAAAGCCAAUUACUUCAAAGUUA